AGCCACUUCUGACACGUGUUUUUUAUUUCGCAUAAGCAACAAGCUAUGUGUAUGUUGUCUAAAUAAAUCUAUCGAAGUAGAACCUAGAGCACACCAAACAAACAAACAAGAAGAACAAUACCACGGAUUGAGUUUAGUGAAAGAAAAUCAUGAGACAACUUGUACAUAUUGAAACCGCCGCGCCGGGGACGAGGCGUCAAGGCGGUGUUCUUUUGUGUAGUAGUACACAACGGCAAGAAGCUCCUAUUUCUCGAGGACCAUGCUAUCGACGACUAUGGAAGUGUCAGAAUCGAAAUUGACAAAAUCGAAAUGAUUUGUCAUGCAUAAAAUGGAUUCCAAUUCGAACCCAGUUGCUAAGUGGCGCAUGACAAAUUCUGGUGGUGCCUAAAUCCAGUUUGUAAUGCUGUUUAGGCAAAGAAGACUGAUUCUCUCCUGCUGCUUUAGCAGCUCGAGCUAUAACCCCAAGCAGGCUGACAAUCGGCCUCACUUGCCUGCUCUGCAACGCACGUAUUUCGCGCCAUGCAUUUUAUGCAUCACAAAUUUUUCGACUUUGUCAAUUUCGAUCCUGACGCUUCCAUAACGACGACAAGGAGGUUAUUUUUUCGAAGUUCUGGCGGCGGUGACGACGACCGCAGUAAUAUCUUCUAGCAUGAUAUGCGAAGAAAAAAGUGUUACAGUUACACAUUGGAUUGCAAGACCGGCAACACAGAUAACCUUUCUCAUGCAGGAAAUGCCUGGGAGCCUCGUUUCCUUCCUGUUUUCCCUUAUGAUCUUCGCAUUACAAGUUUGCCCUGCCACACACAAAAAAAUUUGUGAUGCAGAAACGCCAACAAGUGUGUAACUGUAACACUUUUUUCUCGUGAUACAUGAUUCACGGUCUUUGCGAUUUUCGCGCAGAACAAGGAGCUACGAGGACUUCUGACGCCAAUGGUGCGCGAUUCGCUUUGGCAGUAUUCGACUUGAUACCUGGGGUGAACGAGAACGCAGUAGGCACGAGCGACCGCGUCGUACUAGCAGGAAGGUCGUGUGGACGAGAGGACGGCAGAUCUUCAGGAAGGGCGUGUGUAGAAGUAGAAGAUGAUGAAACCGCGCAAAUUAUAAACAGAAGCGAGGGCCGCGGCCCUGUUCCUCCUGCUCCUGUAUCGGCUCCUUCUUCCAGCAUUGCUUUUCCAGUAAGUCCUCCUUCUCCCGGCGCGGGACGGGUGCAGCAUAGCCAACCGCCUCCCCAGAAGCGCAGGCGCAGGCACGCCGAUGGUGCAGCUGCGACGGGGGCAGCGGAUGAGAUUUUACCUCGAGCUGACGCUUCCACCCUUGAGGAUCUGCCCUUUGGGUUCUUGGCGGAGGUUGCGCCUUUCGUUAGCAAGUUAUUCCUUCUAUUACGAGGAAAAAUCCCCAAUCUCCAUGUUGAACACGCAUCCUUCACCUUCUGAAAAUUUGUGAUGCAGAUUUGUGACCGCAAAUCUGUCUUGCAAGAAGGCACAUUCAGGCAGCUGUCCGUGACGUUAUGCAGGCGAUUUGUGACGCUGCCAGGCCUACAGGGUACUAGCCGUCUACAACCAUGCUAGGUGCCUACACCAAAAGGCCCUUGCCUAGGCUUGAGAUCUGCGCGCAGUCUUUCUGCAACACAAAUUGGAUUUGUGUAAUAUCCCAAUCCAGCAUCAGAAAUUUCGUUUUGAUAUGGGAUGAAGGGGGGAUUUUUAUUUUUAAUACCUUCACAAUGUCUUUGACGCGUUGGUUUUGGGGAGGGAGGGGGAGAAGAGGAGGUCUGAAAUUAAUGCAAGCUGGCGUGCAUUCUAUAACCUUCUUGGCCAACGCCCGCACCUGCCCAUGCCAGUUGAGGACUUGUCCAAGCUCAGUCGUCAGCUUCGAAUGAAAUCUAUGCAGCAAGCUGGUCAGAGUACAAUGCAAAGGACAUCUAUGCCAGUCGGUCAUCCGUAUGGUCUGGCUGCACAGUUGGUGUGCUAUGGAGCCGAUUGUGGGUACAGCGCUGCCGUCGCGGCGCGUCUUGCAGUCGACCAACUAGAGGCUCCGCUUCGGCAUUGUCUUAAACUUUUGGAAGAUGCACUGACUCAAAAAGGAAUGCGAGAGGUGGAAGUAACUAUUGAUGACCAGUUUAUCUACAGGCCUGUUCAAGAACAUCCUGAUGCAGGGAGUAAAAGACGACGGCUUGUUCAACAUCAUGAUGAGCUUUGCGCGAAAGUCGACAUUACCCCAGCGGCGCAACACCUACGAAUUAUGGUCGACCGGGUACCCCUGUCCGAGGAAGAACUAGCUCAGCUGCCCCCGCUUGACACUGAUGGCUAUGGGCGGGGGGGUGUCAGGAUUGAAAUCGUCAAACAAGUUGAAAUAAUUUCUCAUGCAUAAAUUGCAGGGCAUGAAGUGCCUCUCUUGCAGGGAUGGCAAGUGAGGCAGAUUGUGAGCCUAUUUAGGGUUUGGGAUAGAGCUGCUAAAGGAGCAUGACAAAACCAGUCUUCUGUGCCCAAACAGCAUGAGAAAUUGGAUUCCGGUGCUCGGCAAAUUUGUCAUGCACCGCUUAGAAAUUGGGACUCCAACUGGUAUCGAUUUUAUGCAUUUUUUCCACGACCUGGUGGCCGAACCACGUGCGGUAAGGUGCCCUUACAGGUUGUGUAGUGGUUUCGGUCGGUUUAGCAUGAUUACAAGUUAUUUCAACUUUGACGAUUUCAAUCCUGACACUUCCAUAGUGGCAGGAGUUCGAUCGAAGCAGCUACGCUGUCCAAUGGGCUCCUCGUUCUUGCCCAUGUAGAGGACGAGGAGGCAUGGAAGCCCCCCGCGCUGCGCCUGCGGUCCUCUGGUUCAUCAUCCCAACCACAACGGUUUUUCGACAUGGCUCUCACAGUCACCUCAAUCACAGAUGCAGAAGACUGCUGUUCUAGUGCCUCGAGUUGUGCGUAGAUACAUACAUACAGGAUCCAAGUUGUGCGUAGAUAAAACUCACUUACUCACGAUUCGUACCAUAGCCAAGAUGGGAAAUCUGCUGGACAAAUCAACCUACGGAGGCGCGGUCUCCUCAGUCACUUUAAGAAGACAAAAAAGACUUUGACUUGCUCCAGACUACGGCAAAAGUAACUCUUGGUUGGGGCAGGCGCAGGCACAAGCACACGAUCCCU